CGACUGCAGGGAGCUGCCGCCGCCGCCGCCGCACCGGGUCUGCUGGGACUAGAGGAUUGGGCGCGCUCUCCGUCCGCCCGGCUCCGUCGGGAUUCCUGACCGAAAAGCGCCGGGCUUGUAGAGGCGGCGGCCACUGCUAACCCGCUGUCGCCCAUGGCUUCAGCCGGCAGCGGCAUGGAGGAGGUGCGCGUCUCGGUGCUGACCCCGCUCAAGCUGGUGGGGCUGGUGUGCAUCUUCCUGGCGUUGUGUCUGGAUCUGGGCGCCGUGCUGAGCCCGGCCUGGGUGACGGCCGAUCACCAGUCUUACCUGUCCCUCUGGGAGUCCUGCAGCAAACUCAGCAACCCGGAGACCUGGCGCUGCAAAACUACCUUGAACAGCGACUGGCAGAUUGCUACGCUUUCUAUGCUGUUGGGUGGUGCUGCCAUAAUUCUUAUAGCUUUCUUGGUUGGAUUAAUUUCUAUCUGUGUGGGAUCACGGAGGCGGUUCUACAGACCAGUUGCUGUCAUGCUAUUUGCAGCAGUGGUUCUUCAAGUGUGCAGUCUUGUCCUCUACCCAAUCAAGUUCAUCGAAACAGUCAAUUUGAGAAUAUAUCAUGAGUUCAACUGGGGCUAUGGCCUAGCUUGGGGUGCAACUAUAUUUUCAUUUGGGGGUGCCAUACUUUAUUGCCUGAACCCUAAGAACUAUGAAGACUAUUAUUAAAAGAAACCACUUUUAAAAAAAGGAAAGGAAUAACAAAAGGAUUGCUCUGUCUUUUCUAACUCAGUGUUUUUAGAACUUUUGUAGAGUGUCAAACAGUCUGGCUGUAUUGGUUUAUCAGCCUUUACCUUUUGGCUACAACUACUGCAAGUACCUUUUUAACAUCGCAUUAAAAGAAUUGCAAAAAUUACAUCUGCUGAUCGUAGGCAAGAGAUACAGGAUGCUGAUACCUUUCCUUUGAUAAGCAAAGAUCAGCACCAUUGGAGGACUCAGAUGGCACUAGCCAUCCUGAAAAAAUUAGCUGGAAUUAAAAUGCGGCACCUGCAUUUGCUGUAGCUUGCAAGGGAGUUGCUGGCACAAGGAUCAUGUAGAAACAUCUUUGUAUUACACAUGAUUCAAAUGUUCUAGUGGGUCGCCAAUACGUGCUAAUGUGUUGUACUCUUGGGACCUUUGGGACUCUUACUGAAAUAAAAAUCUACGUUACUCGAUGC